CCGUGUCUAGUCGGCGUGUUUCGUGGCGGCGUGAGUACACGCGCACGGAACGAGCGAGUUUGUUACUCGAGGCGCGCGAGUUUGCCAUCAGGACAGUGUUUAUUCCACGCGGAUCGCGGAACGAAGCAUGGAACCGGUUAGAAAUAACACGGAGGGACAGGUGUCACACUGUAAUCCAUUUCUACCACAUAUCUAAAUACUUUCAUCCAAUCGACAUCCGAAAUUCUUCGAAAAAGUUCUCCUUAUUUCGAAGAAUCUUCGUCGCUAUCAGAUAUCGCUGUAACUGAUACGAUGUCGCGAUCGUAAGACUACAAUUUCCAGAAUUUCCAGUUGCGAGUUAUCAUGAUCCAAUUGAUCGAGUUGAAAGAGCCGCGAAACACCUGAAGAGAACACCUGUGUUAAAUUCUACGUAUCCGUCGUGAUAGUAGCCGCGUCAUUGCAGGUGUUUCAAUUCGGUUCUAAUCAGAUGCUUAGAGAAAUCUGCUUUCCGAAAGUUUCUCGGAGUUUUCAAGGUGAAAAAGUACAAAAUCGUAUCGAAGAAGCGGAUAUUAUGAUUCAUAAGCGAUCAGAUAAUCUUAUUAAAUGGUGAUUUAAUGUGAACUGAUAAAUGCUAUGAAAUGCUUCUCUGGCGCGAAGCUCCUCCGAAUUUCGAAAUAAGACGUGUUUAAUGGAGAUUUGGGAAAACCAUGUUUAAGAGUCAAGCAUGUUAUAGUGAGUGAUAGAUCGGAUAAUCAUUGAAAUAGUGAUACAACACGAUAUGAUAAAUAUGACGAUGAAUCGUUUGAUCUGAGAAUCAAUUAAAUAACGAAGUUUGAUACGGAUAUAUAAUGCGAAUUUUGAUGGAUUUUGCUGCAUGUGGGUAUUUGACAGAGAAUUAUAUUGGAAAGGAUCGAAUAUUAGAGGAAAAAAUGAUUCAUAAAGUGGUGUCGUCAUACGAGUGAAAGGUAAACAGGUGCAACUCAUAACCACUAUGAUAAGUUUCUACCUUUUUCUUCGUUAAAUUGAUAACGAAUAAAGAAAGCGUAUAGAAACAUAGACGAGACAACGAACCAAUAUCUCUUAUCGACUUCUACGUACUUCUUGAAUAUCUAGUUCUACCGUCAAUUUACGUAAGUACGUAUGAGAGUUUACACACACGUCAGUUUAAUUGAUCCACGCCUUGCCUUGACAAUUUGUAAGAGUCAAAGCGGAAUCUUUUUCUUAUCUGGCUUGAGUGACCUCGAAAGUUGUUGACAAGGAUUGGCCUCUUCAGACUGGUUCAGUCACGGCAAGUAGUUCAAGUAUAUUUAAGUACACAGCAAAUAAAGUUAAAUUUACACUGUAUCAUUGCGGAUGAUCACUAUGAACGAUUCAUAAAAAAACAUCGUUUUUAUUCUCGUUUCAUCCGCAAUGAUCCUUCAAAGCUAGCAAUGUAAAUUCAGCUUUACUUGCUACUUGGCUAAACUACUAACCGUGUUCCAAUCAGCCUGCAAUGUGGGAUAUCCUAACUGCGUCCGACGCAAUCUUAUCGUAGAGGAGAAUUAAAGACGAUCAAUAUUAUUAUCGAUAUUUAUGGUUCUCAACAUUAUCCUACGUAAGAGUCUUUCUAGACCAUCGAUAUAUACAUCUAUCAAUAUAUUGACGAUACAAUGUCGAAAAUCUUAAAUAUUUUGGUAAUAAUAUUAAUCUAAACGCCCCUUUAGAUCCUAAUUACACGAACGAUAUCGCAACGCCCAUCUGCGCCAGUCGAAUGACAAUACCUCCGCGAGGUACGUAUUCGAUGCACGCUAAUAUGAUAGACGACUAUGCCGAUACCAUGGACAGCGAUGUUUCUAUUUUUCGAGUAUAUUUUUAGAUCGACGUCUGGUUAGAUUUGGCUUGAAGAGAUACGUGAAAAUAUCGACGUGAUCCGCUGGAUCAUCAUCAGCUGCAUAGAAAUAUUUUUCGUCCACCCAACUGAUAUCACCACCUUCGAGAGAAGCUACGAUGCAAGAAAUAAAUUUGAAUAACAUCUGAAUAUAUUUCUUCUCCAUUGAAUUAGAAUUUUCUGACGAAUUCGUGAAAAGUGAAAUAAAAAUGUCUCCGAGCAAGGAUCGAGUUCCAGCCACCGCGUGCGAAGUGUCGCAAUUGAAAGAUGAAUAUAAGGAAAACGAUUCGAAGAAUCGUAAGUUGGCUGAAACAGACGACUAUUUAGCGGUUGACGAAACUUAUCGUAGCAGUAAAGUGGAAUAUGUUCCUCGUAUCACGUGGCCGGAUUUCAUCGCGUUAGUUUUCGUUCACGUAGGCUGCAUUUACGGGUUGUACCUUAUCUUCACCGAAGCCAAGCUUCUUACCACGUUAUGGGCGUUCGUGGUUAUAUACACUUCCGGAUUCGGUAUAACCGCGGGGGCGCACAGGUUGUGGUCCCACAGGGCGUAUAAAGCGAAAUGGCCUCUUCGAUUCUUACUAAUAUUACUAUUCACCAUAACUGGACAAAAACACGUAUACGCGUGGGCGUUGGACCACAGGGUACAUCAUAAGUACAGCGAAACCGAUGCGGAUCCCCACAACGCGAAAAGGGGUUUCUUCUUCGCCCACGUGGGCUGGCUUUUUACAACACCUCAUCCUGAUGUUGUGGCAAAACGAAAAGCAGUGGACAUGAGCGACUUGGAAGCUGAUCCACUUGUCAUGUGGCAAAAAAGAUACUACAUACCUCUGUUUGCCCUUUUAACCAUUGGAUUUCCGGUCGGCGUGCCUUGCUACUUCUGGUCAGAAUCUGUCUGGACAUCUUUCUGGGUGAAUUUCAACUUCCGUUUCUGCGUUACGCUCAACAUAGCCUUCUUCGUGAAUAGCGUGGCUCACAUGUGGGGCCAGCGACCUUACGAUAAAUACAUCUCUCCAGUGGAGAACGUGGUGGUUUCGAUAGCGGCCCUAGGCGAAGGUUGGCACAACUUUCAUCACGUAUUUCCGUGGGAUUACAAGACUGGAGAACUUGGAAACUACACGUUCAACUUGACCACGGGCUUCAUCGACGCUUUUGCACACAUCGGUUGGGCUUACAAUCGCAAAUACGUGUCACCAGCGAUGGUUCGGCGCAGAGCGAUCAGAUCUGGCGAUGGCAGUCAUGUUUGGGGCUACGGUGAUGCCGACAUUCCAAUUGAGGAUCUCCAGGAAUUAAAACAGAUGGACAGGAAGAAAGAGUGACAAUGUAUUUGUAGUGAUUACACGUCGACAUUAUGUUCCUUUUAUUUCCGCGAGUGUUGUGAUCAAUUGAACGUACAGGAGUGUGUGACACGAAUUAUGAAUCACCAUGUUGUUAUUUUUUCUUGUUUCGUUCGGUGAAUUUUAUAUGUUAUUGUUUUAUAUGUGUAUAUAUAUAUACAUACAUAUAUAUGUGUAUGUGUGUGUGUAUGUUAUUGUUGUAAGUAUUAUACGUAUCGAGCAGAAGUUGCUUCAGUGUGACGAAAUCGAUAAAUGUAUCAAGCGUAUCAAUGUAUCAAUGGUGGUGAUAGCCACUCUAUGCCAUUAGACGAACAAUAAUAUUGUCAAUAUUUCAAGGUUCUUAACGAAAAUGUGGUUUGUCAAUAAAUAUUGACACUAUAUAUUGAUCCUUUUAGUUGAGAACCUUGAAGUAUAAUGUAUAUGGAAAGUCUGUAAAACCCCUUUAGAUCUUCAUGCUCGAUCAUCUAUCGCUCUAACCGUCUUCCAACGGUUCCUGCUUUGUUUCUACGAUUCUUGAUCGCGCAUUACUCUUACGAAUUUGUGUCUCCUUUUAAUUUAUUCUUUCCCAGUGACACGAGAAAUUCGAAAAUAUCGGUAUUUUUAAAUAUUUCUAAACAAAUUAAUAAUUUCAAUAUUGAAUAAUACAUUUCCAACUAUUUUCAAAUACGAUUAAGCGAAGAAAAGAAAACUGAGAAAAUUUUCGUCAUUGGGCUUGGGAUUUUAAAAAUCCUCCCGCAUUGAACGUAUUAAGAAACUUGGAAGAUGUCAGGUGAAUUUCGUCUCUUAUGAUAGCUUCUAUUUGGAUGUAUAAUCUUCACCAGACUGUUGGUAGAAGAAUUCACUAUGUGUUCUUUGGAGUAAUUUGCAACUUUUCGUACUUGAAAAAUUUGUAAGUCGGUCUCAUAAGUUAAUGAACCUAUCGUUAAUCGAUUUUGAGUCGAUUAAGACAAGCUGUCUUUCCGAGCAUAAUGUACAAAAUAGUUUCUAUUUUUAAAUAAGAAAUAAAAUAUAUGUACGAUGUGAAUGAA